GAUGCGGCAUUUUACGGCAGUAUUUUUUAAAAAUAUGCCUAAAUCUCAAUAAAUGUUCUGGAAAAACGAGUUAAGGGUGUGGAAAUCAUUGUUUACAAAAAAAUGGCGGCGCAAAGUGCAGAAGCUAUACAAGUAACGUUGGAGUUAUAAACGGUCCGUUUUCUCUUUAAAGGACGGAUUUUCUGUUUUUACAGUACAUGUUGCUGUAACGACUUGGCCCGAAAAAGGACACUCCAAAAAUGCAGCAACCAGUGAUAGAAGAAAAUUCCGCUUAUGAGUCAACAUCUGUUAGCUAUGAUGCCUUGUUUCCAGCAUUGCCCGAGAGUUCUCUACCUAAGCAGCCCAAUAAUAUCCAGGCACAAUUAAACAUUAACAAAAUGCGUGUAGGAACUUCCUUGAAAACCCAAGUAUUCAGGGUUCCAUUUGAAGAACGCAAACUUGAUGGAAAUCAAAAGUUUGGUGAGGGAGAAUCCAAACAUGCUUGUGCUCACAUCAUGAAAGAAACCGGGGCUCACAUAGAAAUUUCACAUGCCAGAGACCAGAGCUUGACUUUUCUUGUAAUUGGCAAACAGAAUGAAGUACUUGAAGCAAAGAGAAAGAUUUUAACACAUUUCCAAACACAAGCAAGCAAACAAAUCAAAAUUCCAAAAGAGCACCAUAAGUGGAUUUUAGGCAAAAAAGGUGAGCGCCUAAAAGAGCUGGAAAAAACGACAGCAACAAAAAUAUCGGUUCCGAACAUGAAUGAUGACUCAGACCUGAUUACCAUAACUGGCACAAAAGAAGGCAUUGAAAAGGCAGAGCAUGAAAUUCGCGUUACUUCUGAUGAACAAUCCAAGAAGGCUUCAGAAAGGUUAAGCAUUCCAAAAAUUUACCAUCCAUUCAUCGUAGGACCAUUUAACGAAAAUCUUACGAAGUUGAUAUCUGAGAGCGGGGCUAGAAUAAAUGUGCCACCACUAUCGGUAAUGAAAGACGAGAUUUUUAUUGCCGGAGAUAAGGAAGGUGUUAUGGCCGCCAAGCAGAAAAUUGAAGCGAUAUAUAAAUUGAUGGAGAAGAAAUGUACUACUGUUUCUGUGGAAGUGCCAAAAUCACAACACAAAUAUGUUAUUGGACCUAAAGGAUCAACAAUAGCGGAGAUUCUUGAACAAACAGGAGUGAGUGUUGAGAUGCCAUCUAGUGACUUGGCUGCAGACACUAUAACUCUGCGGGGUCCGCCCGAGAAGCUCGGUUCUGCACUAAACAUCGUCUAUAGCAAAGCAAAUUCUGUGCGUUCAUGCGAUGUGGCAGCGCCAGCUUGGCUACACAAAUACAUCAUAGGAAAGAAGGGACAAAUUAUUAAAGAAAUAACUCAGAACUUGCCCAAAGUUCACGUGGAAUUUACAGACAAGCAGGACAAAAUUAUAAUUGAAGGACCUCCAGAUGAGAUGGAAAAAGCUCAAGAACAAAUAGAGGCGAUGGCCAAGGACUUAAUUAGCAGAAUGACUUUUGAAGAGAUGCACGUGGACAAUAAGUUAUUUAAGCACAUUAUUGGAAAAAAUGGUGCCAAUGUUAACAAGUUAAAAGAAGACUACAACGUUGUCAUCAACAUAGAGGAAAGUGGCCUUGUCCGGAUUGAAGGCAAUCGAGAGGAUGUGGCACAUACGAAGCAGGAAUUAGAACAAAGAAUUUUCAAAUUAGAAAAUGAAAAAGAACGCGAUGUAAUUAUUGAGCAAAGGCAUUACCGAGCCAUUAUUGGUACUAAAGGGGAGACUAUUAAAGAGAUUAGAGACAGAUUCAAUCAGGUGCAGAUUUUUUUCCCGGGACCCGGUGAUCGGAAUGACAUUGUUAAAGUUAGGGGACCCAAAGCAGAUGUAGAUAAGUGUGUCAAGUUUUUGGAAAAAAAGGUUAAGGAGCUCAAUGAAUCAUCUUAUCAAAUCCAGGUUCCUAUUUAUAAACAAUUCCACAAGUUUAUCAUAGGAAAGGGAGGUGCGAAUAUACGUAGAAUAAGGGAAGACACAAAUACCAAAAUUGAUCUACCAGCCGAAGGAGAUAAAAGUGAUGCAAUUAUCAUCACUGGUAAGAGGGAAAACGUAGAAGAAGCGCGCGACAGAAUUCAUCAAAUCCAAGAUGAACUUGAAACUAUAAUCACGGAGGAGAUCACCAUUGAUCCUAAAUUUUACAAUUCUAUUAUCGGGGCAAAGGGAAAACUGAUUCACUCAAUAAUGGAAGACUGUGGCGGAGUCGCCAUUAAGUUUCCAAACACUGAUAGCAGAAGCGACAAAGUUACUAUUAGGGGUCCAAAAGAUGAUGUUGAUAGAGCAAAGCAGCAGUUAAUUGAUCUUGCGAAUGAAAGGCAACUUGCUAGUUACACUGUGGAGGUUCGUGCUAAAGCCCAGCAUCACAAGUUUCUUAUUGGUAAGAAUGGCACCAACAUUAAAAAAAUUCGUGAUUCAACCGGUGCUAGAAUUGUGUUUCCUUCAAAUACUGAUGAAGAUAGGGAAGUCAUAACCAUAAUUGGUAAAAAAGAUGCUGUCGAAGAUGCCAAAAUUCAGUUAGAAGCGAUGAUCAAAGAUAUUGAUAAUAAAACAGAGGAUGAGAUUCGGGUUGAACCUCGGCACCAUAAACAUUUUGUUGCUAGACGCGGUGAAGUUCUUCACCGAAUAAGUGAUGAAUGUGGGGGCGUGAUGAUUUCUUUCCCAAGAUCAGGCAUUGAUAGCGACCGGGUAACCCUGAAAGGAUCCAAAGAGUGCAUUGAAGCGGCAAAACAAAGAAUUAUUGAAAUUAUUUCUGAUCUGGAAUCAAUGAUUACUAUUGAAUGCUUCAUUCCUCAAAAACAUCACAGAACUGUUAUGGGAGCAAAGGGUCACAAAGUUCAGAGGAUUACCGCUGAUUAUGAAGUGCAGAUCAAAUUCCCUGACAGGGACAAUACAGAAGAAUAUCAUUCUGAAGUUACCAAUGGAGAUAUCAACGCUGACCCGAUUCGUCAGUGUGAUGUUAUUAAGAUUACUGGCAAAGAGUCAAAUUGCCUGGAAGCCAAACAGGCUUUGUUGGAUUUGGUUCCUGUCACUAUAAAUGUAGAUGUUCCUUAUGAUAUGCACAGGUCAAUUAUUGGUACAAAAGGUCGUGAUGUUAAAGAGCUCAUGGAUAGAUUUGAUGUACACAUUGUUUUAUCUUCACCUGAAGAAAAGGAGAACAUAAUUAAAGUAACUGGAACAGCAUCCAAUGUUGAAGAGGCUAAACAAGCCCUGCUUGAAAGAGUGAAAGAGUUGGAAGAUGAACGGAAGGACAGAGACCUGAGGUCAUUUGUUCUUCAAAUUGAAGUAAAUCCUGAGUAUCACCCAAAGAUUAUAGGGAGGGGAGGUACUGUCAUUACUAAAAUUAGAAAGGAUCACGAUGUGCAGAUUACUUUUCCUAAGAGAGGUGACGAAAAUGAGCAUAUAAUUACAAUAACUGGUUAUGAAGAAUCCACAUAUCGUGCUAGAGAUGACAUCAUGAAAAUUGUCAAUGAAUUAAAUGAACUUGUAAAAGAAGAAAUUGAAAUUGAUCCAAGAGUUCAUUCUCGUCUUAUUGGGGCACGGGGCAGAAACAUCCGGAAAAUUAUGGAAGAUUAUAAUGUGGACAUUAAAUUUCCCAGAAACGAUGAUACCAAACCCAAUUUGGUAGUUAUUACAGGAGAGGAGGAAAAUGUUGUGGAAGCCAGAGACCAUUUGCUGAAUUUAGCUGAAGAAUAUAUUCAAGAUGUUGAAGAUUUAGAGAAUAGAGAAAAGCUUCACACCCUAAACGUGCACUUUGAGAAUUCUCAAUCAUCCUAUCCAACCCGAAAUACACAGCGGACCAAUGCCAGCGGUUUUGUGGUACAAGGCGGGCCAUGGGAACAGAGUGCCCCAAAUACGGCCAGUGUAACGGAUUUCCCGGCAUUUGGGCGCAGUAAUGAUCAACCACCAGCAGCCCCCAUUGGUGGGGCUUGGGGUACUCCGCGUCGUUAAAUGGCUUCUUACUUGUUCUCGCCUUUACUAUUGUUACUUUGCCAUAGUUUUGUUGAUAUAUGCGUGUUGAGGCGGCGGGGAAUGUUUUUAAAAUCUCUCAAUCGACACUGCCAAAAGUUCAUUAGUUUAAAGGUGAGUUUCUUAUUAUUUAGGUUGGGGCGCCACCUGACAAUAACUUCCGAUUAUCCAUUGAGAAAAUAACGGUAAAUGUCGCUGAAAUCGUCAAAAAUGAGAAAAGUAUAAUAAAUUCAGACUAAAAUCAGUGAAUACUAGAUACAUUUUUCUGUUAUAUUGCAACACCGAUUCCUUUAAUGUUCUUUAAUGUGGAGAACUUGACAAAAUUGGCGCUCAAAUCUAUGCCAAAUUCAAGCCAUAAUGCCAAUGUUAAGGUACUAACCUUAGAGAUAAGUGAAUAACAUUAAAAUGUUACAAAUGAAACUCUUCCCUCACUGUUUGCUGCAUUAUAAUAGGCCUGGCAACGACACUGGACCCUCGAUAUGGAAAACUGAUUAAAAAAUUGACCAUGAUAGUUCUAUUAAUGCAGUGCCCUCUCAUUUUUUUUGUCGGCAAAUUUCAUUGGCGAAGCGGACUUAAAUUGUUCAUUUAGGUGCUAACCAAUAAGAACUUGUCAGAUUAGAAAAAAAUGUUUAGGAAUGUUUUCUUAGAAUUGAAAAUUAUGAUAUUUGUCUUCCCGUUAAGUGGGUGGACCUUGGCCUAUCCUUGGCACUACUGCGGAGACUUCAUGAAGCAAGAACCCAUUGUCAUUUGUUGAAAAUAGUUUAAUCAUUUUCAGAAAAAACGCAUCAUAUAGUCUCUGCCAUCAAGAAACAAGGCAGUGUACCGUGCCUUCUUUAUUUCUUUACAGUCAGUAGCAAUGUCUAAAAUUGACACAAACGAUGUCGAUUAUUUCAAAAAAUAACCUUUCUUUGUCAAGGCAAUGAUUGUCUUUUUUCUUGUAUUUUUAUGGUCUUGUUAAAAACAAAAGAAGAAAAACAUGACUGAGUACUGAAAGUCGGUACAACUUCAUAUUUGUUAUACUGUAAAUUAAAGUUUUUUUUAUGUUAUAUUGUAUAGAUUAAAGCAUAUUUUAUUAUAGCGAUUAAUUUCUAUAAUGCUCUAGGGGUCGAUAUGUUAGCUCAGGGCUGUCCUGAGGGAGAGAAAUAUAUUAAAACGUAAAAAUUG